AGACUCUCAAUCUUUAUUGGAAGAGACUCUGGUACUUCCUCUAGGGGCGGGGCUGUGAGGUCUCGGUUCCUUCUCUUCAGUGUUUAGACCGGGUGAAGCAGAUGUGAGGGAGAUUCUUCAGGACCCGGUCUGGUAUUACUUUACUUCAGAUUAGAUUGCACCUACAGUGACGCUGGAAUAUGAAGGGCCGUUUGAACUGAAUAAAUAGUGAGAUGGAUCUAGUCUCUAGAACUAGUUUCCCAGUAGAUGAACCAAAAAAAUUACAGAUAAAGACCAAACAAGAGUUUGACUUUGAAUAUGAUGAGAACCCAAUGAAAAACCAUACAGUUAUACUUACUGAUAGAGGUCCUGAGAGGGAACCUAAAGUAAAAUCUGAGGAUGAAGAGUUGGACCCUGAGGACCAUGUGACUGUGAUGAAGAGGGAAAUGGAUUCUGUUCCUGGGGCCGGUUCUAUAGAGAUCAAAACUAAAGUAAAAUCAGAAACCAAAGAGUCGGACAUUAAAGACCAUGUGACUGUAAUAAAGAGGGAAAUUGAUUCUGUUCCUGGGGCCGAUAACGGCAGCGGUUGGAACUAUAAGACCCCCACAUCUUGGCAAAGACACCACAAUGGUUUAGUUGAAGAAGCCAGUGAUCCAUUGGAAACCACCAAGAAGCCAUUGCAGGAGUGUGAGUCUGGCUCUACAUAUGACAAUUACAUAACCAGCUCUGAUAUAUCAGGUUUUAUCUGCAGUAAAUGUGGGAAAAGCUUAGAAAGGCAUAGUGACCUUCUCAUCCACCUCUGCGACACGUCUAAUAUGCGUUGUAUAGAGGACGCGGAAUGGAAGUAUUACUUAUGUUUGACAUGUGGAAAGAAAUUUGGUCGGAAAGAACAUUGCAAGAUACAUCAGUUGGUCCAUACAGGGGAGAAACCAUUCACAUGCUCAGUGUGUGGCAAAUGCUUCUCUUUUAAGAACCAUAUGAAAAGUCACGAGCGAGUUCACACGGGGGAGAAACCAUACACCUGUUCACAAUGUGGCAAAAGCUUCUCCCAAACGAGCUCCCUAAAUAGUCAUAAGAAGACUCACAUAGGGGAGAAACCUUGUACAUGUUCAGAAUGUGGGAAAAACUUCUCUCACAUCAAACACCUUCACCGACACCAGAAGACCCACACGGGGGAGAAACCAUUCACCUGUACAGAAUGUGGGAAAACAUUCUCGCGAAAAGGCGAUCUGGAGAGCCACCAGACCAUUCACACGGAAUGAUUUUUUUUUAUAUUUAAUUUUGAAAUCUGACAUGGGCUGGACAUAUUGUCAGUUUCCCAGCUGCCCCCAGUCAUGUGCUCUGAUAAACUUCAGUCACUCUUUACUGUUGUACUGCAA